AUGGGAAGUGCACCACCAUCACAUAGGCAGAUGGCAAGGGGUGACCGCCGGAUGUUCGCAGCAUCCGAUGAUAGCACAAUGCUGAAGCAGAUCCAAGGAACCCAUGCUCCUGAUGGCCGCGAUGUGGAUGUCAGGCCAAUCUUAGACAUCAUUGAAGAUGUCCUUAAACGAGCUGCUCCGAGCAUUGAAGGGGCCCAUAUUGAUUCCAUGGAGGAUAAGACCAGUGGAGCUGUCAUUGAUGCAAAUGAGAUGCUUGAAGCAUUAGCUUUCAUCAUACAAAAGGUCUCCUGUGAGAUAACAUGCAAAUGCUCGGGUGGAGGAGACGCGCACGCAACAACAAUGUCACUCCUCCACUUGCUCUCCAACUAUUCAUGGGAUGCAAAGGUAGCCAUAGCCCUUGCAGCUCUAGCCAUAGCCUAUGGAGAGUUUGGGCUAGUGGUUCAACUCUUCCCUACUCACCCUCUUGCCAAGUCUGUGGCUAUCCUCAAGCAAUUACCUGACUUAAUGGAGCAUUCGAAUGCAUUGAAGUCCCGCUUUGAAGCUCUGAACAGUCUUAUUGGGGCUAUGUUGGAUGUGACCAAAAGGAUUAUGGAGUUCAAACAGCUGCCUCAUCAGUACAUCUCGCCUGAACAGCCGCCUUUAUCUGUUGCUAUGACACACAUUCCAACUGCUGCAUACUGGACUAUUAGAAGUGUGGUGGCCUGUGCUACACAGAUUGCUAGCCUUAUUGGCAUGAGCUAUGAGUAUGUUACAUCGACCACAGAAGCGUGGGAGCUGUCAAGCUUGGCUCAUAAGGAGAGAAAUAUUCAUGACCACCUUAUGCAACAACUUUUACUUUGCUAUCAGCAUAUAGAUGAGAAGAAACACGUAGAGGCAUACCACAAUCUUGUACGUGCAUUCGAAUUGCCCCAGCUCGAUAAUACCAGAAUUCUGAAGCAUUUGAUAUACAUGAAGGAUGACAUACAGCCCCUUCAUGAAGGCUCUACCAAAUCAAGGGUUCCUGUUGAAGCACUCAGAAGAAAAUCAGUACUGUUACUCAUUUCAGACUUGGAUGUCUCCCAAGAAGAGCUGAUGAUUCUAGAUCAUAUUUACAGAGAAUCAAGAAUGAGGCCUGAGCUCCAGUACGAAAUUGUGUGGGUUCCGAUAAUAGAUAACUCCGUCCCUUGGACCGAUGCAGAACAGCACAAGUUCGAGCAGCUUCAAUCAUUGAUGUCAUGGUAUACUCUGCACCACCCAAAAGUUAUGGAACCUGCUGCUAUAAGGUAUAUCAAGGAGGUAUGGAAGUUUGCAAAAAAAAUGAUACUUGUUUCGCUGGACCCUCAAGGAAAAGUUGCAUGCCCAAAUGCCCUUCACAUGUACUUAAUUUGGGGAAAUAUGGCUUUCCCGUUUACUACUAUGAAGGAAGAAUCUCUUUGGAGAGAAGAGAGUUGGAGGCUUGAGCUUUUUGUGGAUUCUAUUGAACCUCGCAUCCUUGAUUGGAUUCCACAAGGAAAAUACAUUUGUGUGUAUGGAGGAGAAGACAUUGAUUGGAUAAGGGCAUUCACAGACAACGCCAAACAAGUAGCAGCCACUGCAGGAAUCGAUCUAGAGUUAAUGUAUGUCGGGAAAACUAAUGCAAAGGAGCGAAUGAGGAAAAUCACAGGAAACAUAAGCGAAGAAAAUCUUAGCCAUUUUUUGCCUGACUUGACUUCAAUGUGGUACUUCUGGACUAGGCUUGAGUGUAUGCUUUACUCAAAGAUGCAGCAUGGGAGGAGUGUAGAGCGGGACAUUAUAAUGCAAGAAGUAAUGACAGUGCUUAGUUUCGAUGGAAGUGAUCAAGGGUGGGCUACCAUGUGGUUUGGAUCACAUGAGAUGGCUAGAGGUAAAGGUGACACAAUACUCGAAUGCUUUCAAAUGUUUCAAGAAUGGGAGGAAAAUGCUAGAAUUAAAGGCUUUCUGCCUGCUUUAAAGGAGCACUUGCAGCAGCUUCAUACUCCACAUCAUUGCAAUAGGCUUAUACUUCCUGGAGUCGAAGGCGGAAUUCCUGAAAGUGUGGUGUGUGCUGAGUGUGGAAGGACAAUGGAGAAGUACUUCAUGUACCGUUGCUGCACUGAUUAAGCUGUCUCCUAAGCUCGAAAAUAUUGAUCAUUUCAUUCAAUCAUUUGUUUUUCUUUUUAUAAUCUUUCCAAUUACAUGAAUAAUUAAUCA